CCGGCGUCGCUACAGCCGGCAGCCCUCAUCAUCGACCGCUAGCUGCGAUUCCAUAGCUCUCCCUCCCUUCGGCGAUCAUUUCGUUCUUCUCCUUUUCUGCUAGGAUUAAUCCGAUUGCCCUCCCCCAUGACGAAGCAGAAUGUUGCGCCGGCGGAGGCCGUCGCCUCCAUCGCGGUGGCGAGCUCUCCCCCCUUGUUCGCCUACACGCCACCUCUCUCCGUCCGCAAGAAGUGCCUUCCGCAGAUCGAACUCGACGGCGGGAAGGCGGUCUCUUGGUGGCUCGACUCCAUGAGGGCCUCCUCGCCCACCCGCGCCAAGACGGCGGCCGCCACCGGACCUCUCGCCGAUGCCGUAUUCAACGAUCUGUCCGAUUUGAGGAUGCGGCAUCCGUCGGCUUUGAGCAACUUCGAUCAAAUCGCGAGCGCUUCCAACGGGAAGCAGAUCGUGAUGUUUCUGGACUACGACGGGACGCUUUCCCCCAUCGUCGACGACCCCGACUCGGCCUUCAUGACGAACGCGAUGAGGAAGGCAGUGAGGGAAGCAGCGAGGAACUUCCCCACAGCGAUCGUAAGCGGCCGACGCCUCGACAAGGUAAUUAACUUCGUCCAAUUAGCCGAGCUGUACUACGCCGGCAGCCAUGGCAUGGACAUCAAAGGUCCUGAGAAGUCCCGUCACGCCAAGUCCAAAGAUGCCAAAGGAGUUCUCUUUCAACCAGCCAGUGAGUUCCUGCCCAUGAUCGACACGGUGCAUAGAACAUUACUAGACAGAACCAAGUCCACUCCUGGCGCCAAAGUGGAGAACAACAAGUUUUGUGCAUCUGUCCACUUCAGAUGCGUGGAUGAAAAGAAUUGGGGGACACUGUUCGAGCAGGUGAGGUCUGUGUUGAAAGGCUACCCAAAAUUGCGGCUCACGCAAGGAAGAAAGGUGCUGGAGAUCCGUCCGACUAUCAAAUGGGAUAAGGGGAAGGCACUGGAGUUCCUGUUAGAGUCACUGGGAUUCGCCAACUGCAGGAAUGUAAUGCCGAUCUACAUAGGCGAUGAUCGAACUGACGAAGAUGCAUUCAAGGUUCUGGAAGAAAGUGGACAAGGCAUUGGAAUCCUUGUUUCGAAGUUUCCAAAGGAGACAAAUGCUACUUAUUGCCUUCAAGAGCCAUCUGAGGUUAAGGACUUCUUGGUUCGGCUUGUCGAGUGGAAACGCCGGCAGACGAAGGCUGUAUCAAAGGUGUAGAAAGAUUGGACACAGAGCUCAUAAAGAGAUGGAGUUUUUCUCCUCCUGUUUUUUCUCUCGUUCUAUUUUUUCUUGGGUCUGAAAGCUCUGCAACUCGAGCUUUCUUCCCUCCUGCACAAGCAGAUGAUCGAAUCAUGUAAGUAGAUCAGUGUACAAUCGAGAAAGAUGAAAUGACAACUCUGGUUAAACAAAGUGUUCACUAUGCAAUUCUCUGGAAUAUAAAGAUUGUU